AUGGAAAAACGUGAAAUACUUGCAAAAUUAGCCAUUAAAAAUAUUAAUUUAAAAGAAAUUGGAGAAGAUGAAAAAGAGGAGGAAGGAAAAGAAGAAUUUAUUGAAAGUGUGAAAAAUCAACAACCAAUUCACUUAAAUAAAUAUUUAAAUGAGUAUCUAUCAAAAACUAUUCAAAAUGUUGAAUGGCUAAUUAAGAUGGAUAGACUUAGACAAGAAGAAGCAAUUAAUUCAUUAAUAUCCAAAUCAAAAAGAAUUUAUUUAAAACCAAGUUCAAGUUCAUACAACACAACAACAAUGGAAAAUAAUUUUUUAUUGUCUUCACAAAUGAAGAGAACAAUUUCUUUGCCUAAUAAAAUAAGCAAUUUUUUUACACCACCUUCAAGUUCUUUUAAUAAAUCUUCAAAUCACCACAAAAUAACACAAAAACAAUCCAAAAUUAACAACAAUAAAUAUUUAAUUAAUCGACUCCCAAAAAGUCAAAGUCAAAACGAAGGAUUUAAUUUUGUUGAUUCUCCUGACUCUCCAAAUUCUUCUGGUUAUGCUUCUUUAGCAAGCAGCUCUGCUGGACAGUUUAAUUUACGUCUAACUGGAAUUGAAGAAGAAGAAAAUCAAAUGAAUGUUUCUGCUGCUGUUUCUCCGCAUUUAACGACAAAUAAUAACAAAAACGAAAAUAGUUUAACUACUUGUUGUGAAAACAAACUCUUUUCUCCAACAACGACAACAAACUUCUUUCAAACAAAUACUAGCAGCAGUUGCCAAUUAAAUAUUUCAACAAAAAAUAAUUUUAAUAACAACAAAAAUUUUUUUGCAAAUAAAAAGAAGAGUAAAAGAAAACAAAUUGACAACAAUUUAUUUUUGAAUAGAAAUGAAUUUUUGUUUAAUUAG